GGCAGGAGGAAACAAACAACUAUAAAUGAAGAAAAAUAAUUCCUGAGUGUUCUGGAGACAGAAGACAAUAUGAAAACAUAAUAAAAACAGAACAGGAUGGCUCCAGAAAGUGACCAAAAUAAAAUACCAGAUGACCUCCCGGUAGAAGAGGAGCCAUUGAAACUACCUGGUAGGGAAUUCAAAACUCUAAUAUUUAGCACUCUCCAAGAGACGAAGGAAAAUGCAGACAAAAAGAAGGAAAAAAUAGAAAAAUCAGGGAGAACAUAGACAGAGUAAUGAAAGAAUUCAGGAAAAUAAUAUAGGAACAAAAUGUCAAAAUGAAUAAACAACUAAAAAUCAUACAAAAAUAGCAAUUAGAAACUCAAAAGAUAAACAGUAAGAUUUCAGCCCAGCUGCCCAGCCACUUGUCCACUGAAGCCACCACCAAAGCUGCAGGAUGGGGAGGCAGGUCAUGGCGUCCUGCGUGGGGAGCAGGACCCUGAGCAAAGUUGAUGUGAACUACAAGAUGCAUUUCCAGGUGAUCAACAAACAGCAAGUGGAGGACAUUACUAUCGACUUCUUCUACCGGCCACACACCAUCACCUUUCUCAGGCUCAUGUACUUCGCCUUCGCCAGGGAUGAUUCUGGUCCAGAAGACAACAUCUGGAAGGGCAUCCUCACUGUUAUUUUCUUCCUUCUUAUCAUCAGUGUAUUAGGUUUUCCCAAAGGUCCAUUUACUAGGCCUCAUCCAGCCUUAUGGAGAACGGUUUUUGGACUCAGUGUGCUCUGUUUCCUGUUCCUGGUCUUCCUCCUCUUCCUGAAUUUCAAGCAGGUGAAAUCCAUAAUGUAUUGGCUAGAUCCAAAUCUUCUCUAUGCCACCAGGGAAGCAGAUAUCAUGUAGUAUGCCAGGAACUGUCACGUUAUCACCUGGGAGAGGAUUAUCAGCCACUUUGAUAUCUUUGCAUUUGGGCAUUUCUGGAGCUGUGCCAUGAAGCCCUUGCUGAUCCAUAGUUAUGGCCUCUGCUGGACAAUCAGUAUUACCUGGGAGCUAACUGAGCUUUUCUUCAUGCAUCUUCUGUCAAAUUUUGCUGAGUGCUGGUGGGACCAAGUCAUUCUGGACAUCCUGCUAUGUAAUGGUGGUGGCAUCUGGUUGGGUAUGGUUGUUUGCCGGUUCUUAGAAAUGAGGACUUACCACUGGGCAAGCUUCAAGGACAUUCACACCACCACCGGGAAAAUCCAAAGAGCCAUCCUGCAGUCCAUCCCUGCUAGCUGGACCUAUGUUCAGUGGUUUGACCCCAAAUCUUCAUUUCAGAGAGUGGCUGGGAUAUACCCUUUCACUAUCAUCCAACAGCUGACUGAGUUGAGUACCUUCUUCUUGAAACAUAUGUUUAUGUUCCAAGCUAGCCAUCCACUAAGUUGGUGCAGAAUUCUCUUUAUUGGUGGCAUCACGGCUCCCACAGUGAGACAGUACGUAUAAUACUUACCUCAUAGAACAGAGUGCUGGGUGUUUGGGGUCAUUGGUUUCCUGGAAGCUAUAGUUUGCAUAAGAUUUGGGCAAGAUCUCUUCUCCAAGACCCAAAUACUCUAUGUUGUGUUUUGGCUUCUUUGUGUGGCUUUCACUACUUUCUUGUGUUUUUACAGCAUGGUGUGGUAUGCAGAACACUAUGGUCACCGAGAAAAGACCUAUUCAGAAUGUGAAGAUGGCACCUACAGUCCCGAUAUCUCCUGGCCUCUUGGGAAGGGCACAAAAGGUUCUGAAGACAGCCCACUCAAGCAUUCAGACAACAGCAAAAGCCAUUCUUCUAGAAGAAGGAACCGACAUUCCAAAUCUAAAGUCACCAACAGAAUUGGAAAGAAAUGA